AUGAUGGUGUCUACUUCCACGGACUCUACAGAAACUGCCUUAUCUUCACCAACAGUUGUUGUUGAACCCGUGUCCGUACAGAAAAGACAGGAAACGUUUCUAUUGGUAAUUGUCGUUUAAACAGAUAGGCAGUCUAUAGGUUUAAUCAGUAUCCUGCGUUAGUUUGCGAUCAUUUAAUUAGUUUUCAUAUUUUUCCCUCCUAUAGGAAGCCGAGGCAAGUAGUAUAGAAGAUAUAUGUGACAAUGUAAAACACCUUUCAUUUGACGACAGCUACAUUUUUGGGUCAUCCGAAACCACAAGUACAACUAGCUCCGGUGAAGUGGUUCUUCGUGCCAACAAACCUUUAAGGCUGCUUAAUGAAUUCCUUUCUGAGUGUGACGUAAAAACGGUUGAUAAUUUACAAUUCGAGUGGUUAAAGAGUGCUGAUAGAACAAAACGAAGGUACAUACAACACACUAGAGAUAUCCUCGUCGCAGUGUUGAAGGUGGUGUCCCCCGAAAACGCAGGUUAUCUUUGGUCGGCACUCCAAGCAACAAGGGCUGUCAAUGAUGAGCUUGGUGCAGAGGGUAUAAUGCUCCCAUCCCAACGACUUUACCUCGAGGCCAUAGCAGAAACGUACAAAAAUGCCGGCAGCUGGGACACGCGGAGACAAAUCCUCUCAAUUAUGACUGCCACUGCGAGUUUUUCUACCAUACGAGAACUUAUUCCCGGUCUGUCCCAGUAUAGAUACACUGUGGCAAACUUACAUCGUCUUCAGCACGGAGUAGCGACACCCGUUCCUGUGCAGCCUUCAGCGAGGAUACGGAUAGACGAGGCGCAACUUGACCAUUUUUUGCAGUUCAUUACAAGCCCACAUAUUGUUCAAGAUAUGCCUUUUGGUCAAAAGAGUUUACGCCUGUCCAACGGUAAUGUAUUGGAAGUACCAGAUGUGAUUCGGUGUCUAAUACCAGAGCGAAUUGCUGUUCAAUAUGAGCAGUAUUGCAAAGAAGUCGGAUUCACCCCUUUCAGUAAAAGAACAAUACUGCGUGUAUUAGCUGCUUGUAGCGCGACGGUCAGAAAGAGCCUCCAGGGACUGGACUAUUUUGCAGCCGAUGGAGCCUCUGCAUUUGACAAGAUGAUUGCACUCCUAAAUCAAAUUAAAGGCCUGGUUGAAGAUACCACGCUAGGAAGAUGGCAGGAAAUGCUCAAGAACUCAAAACUUUACCUAAAGGCGGACUUCAAGGUAAGAUAUUGCUUAAAGAAAUAAUAGUCCAGUUUCAAGUUUGCUAUGACCGAUGAAUGAAAGAAGUGAAGAAGCAUUUUUUUACAGGCUUAGCCUCCAUCUGAAAUUCCCAUCUAACGAGAAGAAGACCUGUUUGUUACUCCAUCUAUUGUGUAUCUUUAAAUUUCAAACACUGACUUGCCGGAAUUUGUGGAUAUUUCAUUUUAUGUCUAGGCUAACCUUGUAUGAAUGCGUCGGUAAUAUAAUGUUUGUAUAGCUUUGUAUUCAGCGGUAACUUUAAAUUCGAAAAUGAACUAUUGACAGGUUUUUAAAGUUCAUCAACUCCUUUUUUUCUCUCCCUUUUAUUGAUUUCAGGGUCUGUGAUUUUCUCUACCCCAACCCUAGUCAUCCAUGCUACUUUUAUAACUUUAGACUGCGAGAAGUCUCCUAUUUUUCUUUGCCAAGUUACUGCAUGCAAAAAUCAAGGACGCGAGCGGCGAAGUUGCGAGCCGCGAUAAACGAGAACGUCGUGGUUUGCAAUCGCGCUGGCCGAGAUAAGAACUAGACGGAUUUUAAGAGAAGAUGGGGACUGCAAGCAGUCUUUUAUAACUUAGAAGCGUUAAGUCUUUUUUUACAAAUUACAUCUAUAGCAAUAAUAGCAAUAAUAAGCCAUUUUACACAUUUGAAAUGAGGGGUGUGUGUGGGGGGGGGGGGGGCAGUGACUUAAGUUUUUGUUUUUCUGCGUUCACAUACUAAGAAAAUAAUGGUAUAUUAAUAGGUACAUGUUGACGAUGAGGCUACCAUAGCAGAUCAUUGUAUGUCAUAUGCUUUGAGUGAUCCGAGUGACAGCUGUUUUCAGCAGAAAUGCCAACACACCCAUGGGGACCAUUGUUUUCAAUGUGAAGAGCUUGGUACUGUUCUAGAGGAGAUUCAAGUGGCUGUUGAAGAAGCUUCUUUUCACACGAAAGAUGAUCAUGACGAAGCCACAUACUUGGUAAAACACAGCAGGGACCUUAUUCAUGCCUGGAAGGCUCACCAGCUCCGUACAGUGAGGCAAGACCAGUCUAGAUUAAAGAUUCUCAGAGAGCUAGAUAGUGGUUCAGUCUUUAUUACCCAGGACUGGGCCAUGAAAUUUCUACCGCGCAAGUACCGUGAAUCUCAAUCAGACUGGUUUGGUAAGCGCGGCAUCUCUUGGCAUAUAUCCGUUGUCGUGCGCCGCCGAGCUGACCAGUUUGAGUCACAAGGAUUUGUACAUAUUGUCCAGAACUGCACCCAAGGAAGUUCCGCUGUGGUCUCCAUUAUGGCACAUAUCCUUAGAACUUUGAAAUCAGAGCAUCCAGAAAUCAAUCAAGCAUUUUUUCGUCAAGACAACGCAGGGUGCUACCAUAGCACUUAUACUAUAUUGUCAGUGCCCACAAUAGAAAAAGAAGCAGGAAUUCGCGUUGCUGAGAUAGGCUUCUCAGAUCCCCAGGGCAGAAAAGGGCCUGCUGAUCGCAUGGCUGCAACAAUUAAAGGACACAUAACACGAUUCAUAAACGAGGGGAACAAUGUUACCAAUGCGAAGGAAAUGGAAAACGCGAUUCUAUCCCAUGGGGGUCUACCUGGGAUUCGUGUAGUGAUGUUAGACAGUCUCGGGGAACCCGAAACUGUUCCCGCAACGCAACAGAAGAUUACUGGCAUAAGUAAACUGAACAACUUCAGAUUUUAUCCCGGUGGAAUGAGGGUGUGGCAGGCAUUUGAUAUAGGCCCCGGCAAAUGCAUUUCUUUGGAAGGAACAAAUGGUAAACCUUACGUUAUAUUCUCUAUGCAGUUUCUAGUUAUAAUGUAGCAUGAUCUCUCUUUAGUUUUGAGACUGAAAAAUUCAGCGAGGGAAAGCUUGAAAUCAAGAUCACUUGAAAACAUCAUGCUUGGCACCAGUUUUUGUUGUAAAAUUUAUUUCAAGAUUUGUUUUAGUUAAAACACUAUACUGGAAAAAGAAACUUUUACUUGAUUUAGGUAGCAGUUCACAUGCUGCACCUAACGCAGGGGCGGAUCUAGGGGGAGGGUGCAGGGGGUGCGCACCCCCCUCCCCCCUGAGAUGACCUGCGGUUUUCUAAUACAACUGAUAUUCUGCCAAAAAAAAAAUAUGUGGUUUAUUGGGGUUGAAGAAGAGCAAGAGACGAGUGCACCCCCUCCUAAAAAAAUCCUGGAUCCGCCCCUGUAACGCUAUUUUCGCAAUGUGAGACGCACGAAAUCUCGCUCUGGAUAAUGUUUAGGUAUGUUUGGUUUUGUCGUUAAUCUUUUCAGUGACAUGUUAUUAUUUUCCACAGAACGCCAUUACCAGAAUAUUUCGGUUACUUUUUCCCUCGGAGAAUUUAAGGAGAUCGCCCCAAGGAGAAAACUUAAAGAACCUACUAAAACUUCCACAGCGGAUCUCGCAGAAGAAGAGGACUAUGGCCGUGAAGCAAAAAGCGAUGAUCAAGUGUUUCCAUGUCCAAAAGAGGGCUGCACGCGCAGUUUCCAACGGCACUGUUCUCUAGAAAAGCAUCUCGCGUUCGGAACAUGCACAAAGACCGUUGAAAGGGAGACACUUCUUGAUAAAGCGAAGGUUAAAUAUGCUGCAAGGCUCGAGGAAGGUUCAAGUUCCGUGCCAACUAUUCCUCUACCUCCUGAAACCUGUCCUCGUAACACUGGAUAUGUAACACCGCCUGAAGGCUUCGCUUUAAAACAAGUAAAGAAAGCUUACCGGUUUAACGAAAAGCAACGAGAGUAUCUGACUGCUAGAUUUACCAUCGGACAAGAAAGCGGCAAGACGGUCGACGCGGAAAUUGUUGCAACAGAAAUGAGAAGAGCAAAGGGAUUGAACUGGGAGCGCUUGUUCAGUGUCUCUGAGUUUUUGACAACUCAACAAGUAGCUUCAUUUUUUUCAAGAAUGGCAGCAAAAGUGAAACAACAGACGGCCCCCUGCGCACAAGCUGUAACUGAGCAAGAUCUGCUUGCUAUGGAGGAAGAAUUUAAUUUAUCAAAUGCUAAGGAGUCUGUUUUUGAGCAGUUAAAUGUAACUCAUCCUAUUCAUUACCAACAGUACAACAUCUGUUCCAUGGUCAAGAAUAGCACCCUCAAAAAUCUCAAACUUGCAAUCUUAAAACUCCUUUGCGAGUGUUUCAAUCUUGCAUUACCAUCUGGGGUUGACCAGAGAAAAAAGACCUCUUACAUCGCUCUGCUCGAAGACCUUGUAAGAUGCUGCUCUUGCAGUGCAGUUUGA